GCUCGCGGAGCCCGGGGAGCCCGCGGGGUGCCGUGCGCCGAGGGCCCGCCUGGGGGGCUUCGCAGGCCGGGCUGGGCCGGGCCCACAGGCCGGCGGUGGCCCCGGGAGCGCUGCGGCCCGGAGUAGGGGCGUGUGCAGGGCCGGGCGGGAUGUGUACCUGGGCGACCUACAGGGUAGAGCGCCACGCGGGUGAAGCCGGGCGCAGACCGCGGCGGCUCAGACCGCGGCCGCUCACGGACGGAGCGCAUGCGGGGAGGGUGCUUCGGAGGCCUGGAGGAACUGGGGUGCUGGGCUGUGGACCGAGAGCUGAAACAAGAGACACUGGGGAAGUGGCCAGAUGCGAUGGGCAGCUGGAGCAAGAACUGACUUUGGUGCCUACUUCGGUAGAAAGGGUUCUGUGGCCUGGGGCCGUCUUGAGAAGGCGAUCAGGCGCUAUGGACACCAGUGGAGAAACUGAGGACAACGAGAGGCCCAAGUUUGAGGACUGGUCGAGGAAGUGUCUAGACGAAGUCAUUCGGAAGCGUCUGCUGAUUGAUGGAGAUGGUGCUGGGGAUGAUCGGAGAAUUAAUCUCCUUGUGAAAAGCUUCAUUAAAUGGUGCAACUCUGGAUCCCAAGAGGAAGGAUAUAGCCAGUACCAACGUAUGUUGAGCACUCUGUCUCAAUGCGAAUUUUCAAUGGGCAAAACUUUGCUGGUAUAUGAUAUGAAUCUCAGAGAAAUGGAAAAUUAUGAAAAAAUAUACAAAGAAAUAGAAUGUAGUAUUGCGGGAGCACAUGAAAAAAUUGCUGAGUGUAAAAAGCAAAUUCUUCAAGCAAAGCGAAUACGGAAAAAUCGACAAGAAUAUGAUGCUUUGGCGAAAGUGAUUCAGCAUCAUCCAGACAGGCAUGAGACAUUAAAGGAGCUAGAGGCUCUGGGCAAAGAAUUGGAGCAUCUCUCUCAUAUUAAAGAAAGUGUUGAAGAUAAGCUGGAAUUGAGAAGGAAACAAUUCCAUGUUCUUCUUAGUACCAUCCACGAACUUCAACAAACACUGGAGAAUGAUGACAAGCUGUCAGAGGUGGAUGAAGCUCAAGAAAGUACCAUGGAAGCAGACCCUAAGCCCUAGACAGGCUGGCCGUCGCCAUUGGCAGGGAUGGUGAAAAGCUGCAUGGGCUUACUGAGUUCAGCUUAUUGUGGUUGUGAGAUACUUCAGCUUUGGCAGUGGAAUGCUUUGCUUUUAAGUAUUAAUUCAUGUCUCACUCAUAUUUCUUCACACAAAGGAAAUGUGUUUGGUGUGAGUGUAUUUUUUAAAUGCAUUUUUAUCCUUCAAGGUAGAGUUCAACAUCUGAAAAUAUUUAAUAAAAUGUCUCAAGCUGGA